AUGAAGACAUCUUUGUCAGUUGGAUUAUCACUCAUCUCAGUAAUAUCUAAAGCCUGGGCCUCAGGUGAAACCGCGGAAGUUUACAAGUUUCUAAAUUGUCCAGGUGAGAGUUUAGCCUCGAGUUCAUUUCGGUCUAUAUCCGAGAAAGAUGCUCUUUUGAAUCUUGCAGACGACUGGGGACUUUCUCCACUUUACACUAUUGAAGGAGAUGCGGAGGAUUAUGAGGCGAUUUCGCUUGGAAAGUGUGUUCAGAGGCAUAGCAACAGCACCGUGUUUGUGGGUGUGUCUGGUGUUGAGGAUUUGGACGCAUUCUUGAGCGAUAAAACACCUCUUUUCACAAUUGAGUCAGCAGGAAAAGGCAGUGAGUCCUUUUCUGAGCUCAGAGAGUUCAUAAGUGAUGCUCCUACAGCAUUGGCCCGCCUCAGGAGCGAUGUGUUGAAGAAAAGAAGAUUGACAGCUGGCAUUACGAUCGACCAGCCCAAAACAGAGGCUGAUAAGUUUGGAAGUGUGUAUGGGCAGGUGAAAAGUGCAUUCAAGACUCUUGCCGGUUUGUUUUCCCUGCAGCAACAGCAGCAGCCGUUUGGAUCAUCGUUGUCCGAGUUGAGAACGGCUUAUUCCGGCUACGAGAGUGUGGUUGAGUCGCUUAAGGGAAGCGAUUUGGCACAGGAUAGGUCUGUAGUCAAGCAGUUCAUGCAAUUGCGCUACUUUGCAUCCAAUGACGUGCAGCACAUUCCAUGCGGCAGCGUUGUCAGCAUCAAUAUUGACGUUCUUGACCAGGUUUUGGCCAAAUUCGGCCGGUCUGACACCUACAAUCUCGCGUUGGGAAUUGUUUCCGAGGCUUUGGCCGAUCUUAUCGAAUCUGCAAAGAGGAAUUCUGCAGUCGAUGUUGUGCUUGUUGCACUACCGGCGGCCUCUUCUGGCGAUUUGCAGCAUGAGGCAUCUGGAAUUUUCAAAAGAGAAGUGUCAACACCGAAAUCUGCGUGCCAAGCCACUCAGGAGCAAUGCAAGGAGGCAUUUGGAUCCUGUUCCGGCCAUGGAACAUGUACGAAAGUGGGCAAAUGCUGGACCUGCGUGUGCUCGGCAACGGUCAAAAAGGGAAAGACCAGCUACUGGAAGGGAAACGAGUGCGAAAAGGAGGAUAUUUCGUCCCAGUUUAACCUUCUUCUCUGGACCACCAUCUUUAUUGUGAUUGCAGCAAUUGUCGGGGUCAGGUUUUUGUACGAAUGCGGAGAGGGAAGGCUUCCAGGCAUCUUGCUUGCAGCUACUACACAGACGAAGAAGUCGCAGUGA